CCACCGCACUGCCCAGAGGCCUUUACCUGACUCACUGCCAGCCUCCGGUCCCUGCAUUGCCAAGAACAUGGACGUCACCAUCCAGCACCCUUGGUUCAAGCGUGCCCUGGGGCCCUUCUACCCCAGCCGACUGUUCGACCAGUUUUUUGGCGAGGGCCUUUUCGAAUACGACCUGCUGCCUUUCCUGUCCUCCACCAUCAGUCCCUACUACCGCCAGUCCCUCUUCCGCACGGUGCUGGACUCUGGAAUCUCCGAGCUCAUGACCCAUAUGUGGUUUGUAAUGCACCAACCACAUGCUGGAAACCCCAAGAACAACCCCAUCAAGGCAAGUCACAUGACAAAGGUCCGAUCUGACCGGGACAAGUUUGUCAUCUUCUUGGAUGUGAAGCAUUUCUCUCCUGAGGACCUCACCGUGAAGGUGCUGGAGGACUUUGUGGAGAUUCACGGCAAGCACAAUGAGAGACAGGAUGACCAUGGCUACAUUUCCCGUGAGUUCCACCGUCGCUACCGUCUGCCUUCCAAUGUGGACCAGUCUGCCCUCUCCUGCUCCCUGUCUGCGGAUGGCAUGCUGACCUUCUCUGGCCCCAAGGUCCAGUCCGGCUUGGAUGCUGGCCACAGUGAGAGGGCCAUUCCUGUGUCACGGGAGGAGAAGCCCAGCUCAGCACCCUCGUCUUAAGCAGACCUCACCUUGGUUGUCCCUUGAGGCCCCUGACCCCUUGAGCCCAGGGACCACAGCAGAGUCUGCCUUGCCUUCCUCCCUUCCUUUCUGUUUCCUUUCCGUUUUUUCUCAGAGGGUUGAGGGUUUGAGAAAGUGACUUAGCGAGCUUGGGGUCUUGGCCUGAGGUGCUGCGGGUUCAGGGUGACCUAGGCUCAGCACCAGUCAGCUGGAAAGAAUGAUGGCAUUGAACUCUUGAGAUACGACCUGGCCCCCUGGGAUGUGGCAUCUGAGCUCUGCGGCAAAGCGGAGUGGGUGGCAGCUAACCAACUCUGAGAGCCCUCUGCUGAGCCCCCGGACGGCCACCUCCCUUCUUGCUCACACUGGCUGCAGGCUCGUGUGUUGAGCUCGGUCCACUUUUCUCAGCCCCUCUUCCUGCAACUUUCUCUAUGUAGCAUUGCUCUUGGGGACCCUGGUCACCCAUGAGAAUGGAGCCCCUGGCAGACAAUAAAGAGCAGGUGACAGAAGCAA